AUGGACCCAAAUUUUUACACCUCUCAACUUCAAAAAGAUGCUCAAUCUUACUCCAGAGACACCAUAACAUGCCCCUUCUCUUUUCAAAUUGAUUUAAUUGACAAAGCCUUAUUUGAUUAUCGUCAUAACAAAAGAUUUAACAAUACUAAUAAUUCUGCUCUUAAUAACACCAAUACCAUAAAAACUAAAAAUUACCACUCAAAUAAUCAAAAUAACAAUAACAUUAAUAAUAACAACAACAAUAAUAAUAGCCAACGUUAUCUUAACAAGAAAAAGUCUUAUAACCAAAUUAAGAUCCAACAACAAAACUAUUAUAAUCAAAAUAAUAGUCAUAAUAAUAAUAAUAAUAAUAAUAAUUUUCAUUUGACUUCAAAUAAUAAUCGUUACGUCUCUCAACCAAUUCAAUCAACUACUUAUAACAAUAAUAAUAAUUUCAUUAACACUAAUUAUCCUAACAACUAUUCUAACAAUUAUGUCAAUAAUUAUUCCCCUGUCCAAAACCAUUUCCAAUUCCAAAAUAAUUAUUUGAGUCAAAGUCGUGUUGUUUCUCAUCAAUUAUCAAAUCAAUCUUUAAAUGGCUUUAAUCCAUCUCCUACUCUUUCCUCUUCUCAAUUCCCUUAUCUUUCUCAUCAAUCCUCUAACCCUCAAUUGACUUCAAAUUCCUCUAUUAAUACUAAUAUUACCAAUAAUAUCAAUAAUGCUAAUAAUAUUACUACUAAUAACAGCUAUAACAAUAAUUAUAACAAUUACAAUUCUGUCAUGUCAAAUUAUAACAGCAAUCUUACCCAAUUAUCAAUCCCCGAAAAUAAGUUACCUUUUUCCUUUUCUUCCUCUUUUUCCUCAUCUUCAGGUAAUUCGGCUAAUUCGGCUAAUUCGGCUAAUUCGGCUGAUUCAAUUAAUUCAACUAAUUCAUCAAAUUCAACAAAUUCAAUCUUAAACUUGAAUUCAUCUUUUAACUCAAUUCCCACUUCUACCUCGAAUUUUUCCUCAAAUUCUUCAAAAUCCUUGAACUUUUCUUCAAAUUCUUCUUUAAACUCUUCUUUAAACUCCUCUUCGAAUUCUUCUUUAAAUUCUAAUUCAACAAGUCCAAAAUCCGACUUGUUUUUAUUAAAUCAAAAUUAUCAAACAUUAAAUAAUGAUUAUAAUAAUUUAAACUCUUCAAAUUCAAUUACCGCUAAUUCAACUACUUCAAUUAGCACCAUUGUUGAUUCUACUUCUACUUCUAGUUCUAAUUCUAAUUCUAAUUUUACUAAUGCUGUUCCUUCUUGCGAAUCUUUUUCUUUAGGUUUUAAUGUUUUAAAAUCUGGUUGUGACAAUUCAAAAUUAAAUCUUGGUUGGUUAAAAGUUUGGGGUACAAAUGAAAUGACUACUACUUGGGGUUAA